GUUUAUUCUCUGCCUUAAAUAAUAAUAAUAUUAAUUCAGAGUUGUCUCCAUCUUGGAGGUGCAGAAAUGGCAGAAGCAAGGUCUGGUUCUCUUGAGUAUACACCCACAUGGGUCGUUGCGUUUAUCUGUUUCAUCAUUGUUCUCUUAUCUCUUCUCGCUGAACGUGGUCUUCAUCAUCUUGGAAAGUGUCUGAAGCGUAGGCAACAAGAUGCCUUGUUCGAAGCCUUGCAGAAACUCAAAGAAGAAUUGAUGCUUCUUGGAUUUAUCUCCCUGAUGUUAACGGUAUCUCAGGCCGCAAUUCGGCAUAUCUGUGUCCCACCAGCUCUUGUAAACAACAUGUUUCCCUGUAAGAAGCCAUUGGAGGAGCAUCAUGCGCCUAAAUCAUCUCAUUCGAUUAUCAACAAUGCACGACAUCUCCUUUCAACAGGAGAAAGUCCAGACCAUUGUGCUGCCAAGGGGCAGGUUCCAUUAGUAUCUGUGGAAGCGUUGCAUCAACUCCAUAUCUUCAUCUUUGUGCUAGCGGUUUUUCACGUCAUCUUCUGCGCCUCAACCAUGGUUCUUGGAGGAGCAAGAAUACAACAAUGGAAACAUUGGGAGGAUUGGUUCAAGAAACGUCCUUCUCAAAAGGGCACUACAAGGCGUGGUCAUCAUGCUCAUGCUCACGAGUUAUUCAGUGCAAAUCACGAGUUCUUCGAGAUGCAUGCUGGAGGAUUUUGGAGAAGAUCUGUUGUCAUCAGCUGGGUGAGAUCAUUCUUCAAGCAGUUUUAUGGUUCUGUCACCAAAUCAGAAUACAUAGCUCUGCGACAAGCAUUCAUCAUGAGUCAUUGCCGCACAAACCCAUCAUUUGAUUUUCACAAGUACAUGCUAAGAACACUGGAAAUAGAUUUCAAGAAAGUUGUGAGCAUAAGUUGGUAUCUAUGGCUCUUUGUCGUCGUCUUUUUGCUGCUCAAUGUUGGAGGAUGGAACACUUACUUCUGGUUAUCUUUCUUGCCUUUGAUUUUGUUACUAAUGGUGGGUGCCAAGUUGGAAUAUAUAAUAAGUAGCUUAGCUUUGGAUGUUUCCGAGAAGCGAAGCCGCGCGGAAGAAGCAGUGAUCACACCUUCUGAUGAACUCUUUUGGUUCCAUAGGCCAGGCAUUGUUCUCCAACUCAUCCAUUUCAUUCUCUUUCAGAAUUCAUUUGAGAUUGCUUUCUUCUUCUGGAUUUUGUUCACAUACGGAAUACAUUCAUGUAUCAUGGAGAAACUAGGCUACCUUAUCCCAAGACUCGUCAUGGGGUAAUAUAUGAACUCUUUUAAAUCUAAAUAUCAACCUUCAAAAGGUCUAAUUAAUAUUUUUGGUUCGAUCUUUGUUCAUACAGAGUGUUAGUCCAAGUGCUUUGCAGUUACAGCACAUUACCACUAUAUGCCCUUGUUACACAAAUGGGUAGCAAAUUCAAGAAAGGGAUAUUCGACAAUGUAGUACAGUCCACACUGGAAGGAUGGUUAGAAGAUACGAGGAACAGAGGCGAAUCCACGAGCGAGGCUCAUAGGAUAGAGAUGCAACCUACAACUCCUGAAUCUUAUAAUGUCCAAAGUGAAAACCCUUAAUUAAGUUGCAAUUUGUGUCGUAAUCCAAUAAGGCUAUCCCUUUAUUAUUUCACAUUUAGAGCUCUCAUCAGAGGAUUGUGUGCAUCUAUGACAUUGACGCCAACGUUCCUUUCUACUUUUGAGGCUACUAGAUUAAGUUGACUUGUUACUUUUUAUAAGAAAGCUUCGAUGAUACAUGGAUUGAUAUAUAAUUAAAAAGCUUCUAUGUUAUUUACUUUCACAACGUUUAAAUUUUCAAUGAUGUUAUCGGAUGUAGCUUAAUUUUUCAGAGUGGCAAAUUUAAAUUUUU